GCUCGUACUCGUCGUACAGUCUCUCGCAAGGUGUGGUUCUUGGUGCCGUCGACGGAAGUAUGCCGCCGCGGGAUCAACAAGUGCCGCGCGAGAUCCACGUCCGGGAAGCGAUCGAGCUGGCGCGCCGCUAGUCGUUCUCGAUCCACCGUUGAGGAAUCGCGCGAUUAAAGGCGCAGACUUUCCCGGUGAGUGCGCGUAUCGGAGCCGCGAUUAUCGAGCUCUCGAUCGCGCUUCAGUUGGAGAACGCAGUUCAAGUUCGCUCGGCCGCACGGACGCCGCUGAGGACGACGCCGUCCGAUCGAUCGGUAUCGUCGACGACCAAACGUGGGUCAAACGCGUGGUUGCACGACGCGCUACCGCCUGAAUCCUCUCUCAGCCUGAAUUUGAGGGUUAAGAAUUGGUGCACACGUGUCAUCGUAUUGUCAGUGCCGCGCACGUGACCCCGCGAAUUUGUUUGGCGCGCGUUCAUCUUGGUGAGCAGCAGCGGGAUUCACUGCCUGACGGACAUGAAGAUCAAAAUGCCUAGGACGUUGCUGCUCCUGAUCAUCGGCUUAUUAGCGAAGGUUCUGGGAUUACCUAAUGGAGCACCACCGGAGGCAUGUUACGAUUUAAUGCCGCGUCAUUCUAGCGGCUCCCUCCAGUCAUCGUAUCCACCUUAUCAGGUACUACCCGCACCUGGACAAGGCAGGGUUCGACUGACUCUCGGGAGUCCUCAAGGUCUCCCAUACGAAGGCUUCAUGAUCAUCGCAAAGGACAUUAACACUGGCGAGAACGUGGGAGAUUUCGCGAAUCUGCCCGAUUCCGCAAGGUACCUGGAGUGCACGCAGGGCACAAAGAAUGGCGUGACUCACACGAACACCCAGAAGAAGCACAAUCUUGUAUUCGAUUGGCAAGCUCCGAUCGAUUACGAGGGGACCAUUAUCUUCAAUUCCACCUUCGCUCAGGAUUACAGCACGUACUGGGUCGGCGUGGAAUCAGCUAAAGUCGCCGUUUCCAAGCGAUCCAUCGACGUAUUAGCCACACCCCCGCCCGUUAUUACUUUCAGGACCACCACGCCGCCCUUCUACAGACCUACCGUCGAUUAUGCGACGAAGAAUGAGGAGGAUCCGUUUUACGCGGGCUGCCACACCACCAAGAACUGCUUCGGCGCGCCCGCGGGUUGCAUAAAAACCAAGGACUGCAUCGCCGUGGUGGCCGUGAUUGUGCGGGGCGACCAGUAUAUUUUCGAGAUGCAGGCGCGGAGGAACGCCAAAUACGUCGCUGUCGGUCUAUCGGACGACAAGAAUAUGGGUGACGAUAGCGUAGUCGAAUGCACAAACGAGGGCGACGAAAUUGCGUUACACAUGUCUUGGAAUACUGGAAAGCGAAAUACGCGUCAUGCGACGCCGGAAGGAGCGGUUCAGCUGGAGUCCGGCACGACCAAAGAUGACGUGAUUCACUGCAGAUUUCGACGAGACAAGCUUACUGUUGUUCAUGGACGUACAUAUGACCUUGUCAACACUCCGUACCAUCUCCUCGUAGUUGCCGGCACAGAUCUGAGAAGAAAUGGCGUUGACUUUCACGAUCUCGUCUAUCUCGGGACCAGCAGCUCGAAAAGACUUUCCGAUGUUGGCGAGUGGACUGCAGCAAGCGAUAUACUGAUUCGCCUCCAUGGCGCACUUAUGUUGGCGUCGUGGAUCGGCACAGCCUCCAUCGGGAUGCUACUCGCGAGAUAUUACAGGCAGACGUGGGUCAACUCCCAGCUAUGUGGGAAGGAUCACUGGUUCGCUUGGCACAGGUUCUUCAUGGUGCUCACCUGGUCGAUGACGAUCGCAGCCUUCGUGAUAAUAUUCGUAGAAUUGGGCACGUGGAGUUCCGAGACGAUACACGCUUCCGUUGGCUUGGCCACCACGAUUCUAUGCUUUAUUCAACCCUUCAUGGCGGCUAUGAGGCCACAUCCUGGCGCACCGCGAAGAGCUCUCUUUAAUUGGGCUCACUGGUUCGUCGGCAAUGUGGCAAAAAUAUGCGCCUUAAUCGCACUUUUCUUCGCUGUGCGACUGAACAAGGCUAAACUCCCGGAUUGGGUCGACUGGAUUCUUACCGCAUACGUAGUGUUCCACGUUCUAACUCACCUUAUUCUCACAUUCCUUGGAUGUGCAUCUGACAGACAAGUCAGUCAAAGAGUGAAUUCAUUCCCGAUGAAAGACAUGCAUUCUCGCGGAUCAAUGGUGCAUCCAGAUGCAAGACGAGACGCUCCCCAUUCCGGCAUGCGGAAGUUCAUUUUCGGUGUGUACUUUGUGGUUAUCGUCAUGUUCGCCGCAGCCCUCAUAGUGAUCACCGUGUUGGCACCUAUCGAGGAAACGUGGGCCACCUUCACCAACACUAUCUCGAAUUACUGAGGCCGCUAAUCAACGCGCCCUGGAAAUAUUUAUCACCACCACGAUACUCGCACGGAAGAUUUCGCCUGUGGAUGGAUAGUGUUGCAGUUCUCAGCGACGAUAUAAUCCUGACGCGACUUUCUGUAUGCAAAUUAACACGAGGAGCGCGUAAAUUUCUGUUCGUGUAAAGGUGCAAAUUGUGCACGAAGACGUACUACAGACUACUGCGGUGCUGACAAUAGUUUCUACUCUUUCCAGAUCUCUGAGAGGUUCGUUAUCCAUACUCCCAUUUUAAUUAUAUUUCGUGAUUAAAAAGAGAUUUCUGCGUAACAUAUCUUUUACUCGGAAGACAUUAUGUCUAAGAUUUGCAUACUUCAUUAUUACUGUUAUUAAAGAAAUGUUUUGGGAUUACUUUUUUUUACUUACGGAAUAUCUAUCGAUAUUCUGUCCAAGAUAUUCAGCUAGCGACGUAAGCAUUUGGCUAAUUUUUAUAGUAAUAAUCCUCGACAUAUACCAUAUGUCGAUGGUAAUAAUCGAUUUCAUAUCCGAAAGAGGUUUAAACAAAAGUGGCUCCAUUUUUUUAGUCAAAAUAUUGAUAGAAAUGUGUUUUUGAAAAUUAUUUAAUUAUAGGUUUAGUAAAAAAAUUUUAGAAAUUGUUAUUAAAUUUGAUUUGUUCUUGGCAAUAUCGUACGAUGUAAUCUUGAUCGAAUAUACACGUAUACAAUACAGUAAUUCUUUCGUAAGAAAUUAUAAUUAUAAUUAACAGGCUUAUGAGAUUAAAAAGCAAAAUCUUAAAAGACGUUGAAAGCCUAAAACGUCUUUUAGAAUCGUGUAUAAAAUGCAAAAACGUAAAAAUACGUAAUACUUGUGUGUGCAAUAAAAUCUUUUCGUUAAGUAUAAGGUAGGUGAAUCCUUUGAUAUUUAAUGUUAACUACCUUCAGCGGUGGAAACAAUCGAUAUUAUUAUACGUAAUUAUAUAAUUAACAUCACAUUUUUGCGACUGAUGUAUUGACUGCUGUCCGUAUAACUGUUGCAAUAUUUACAUAUAUUUAAUAUUCUUAUUUUUGCAUUUACAAUGAAGUCGACUUGCCUCAGUAUAAUAACAUAAUCUUCAUUAAUCCGCGAUUACAUCCGAUGAAAAUGAAACAAAAGCGAAGACAAGGUACCCCCGUUUUCGUAAAAUAUCUCAUCAUAUUUCCAGUCGAUGUAUAUUAUAUCGAGGUACAUGAAAGAAGAACGGAAACUAUUCUUUUGAAGAUUUAAUAGGUAAUAAGAUUACAGUACGUUUUAUAUGUGCUAUUUAAGUUCUAGAUAAAUUAAUAUUAAUUAUUAAGGAAUGAGAAUAAUCGAUUUCAUUAAUCUUCUUUCAUAUAGAUAUAUCUUCCGUUAGAUCCUUAAAUUUUUUCUUUACUGGCCGUUAUUGUCGAUAUUUGUUUCAAAACUUAUUUAUAUUUUAUUUUAAUUUCUAAUAUGAAUUUAGUCUUUACAUGUUUCUUUUUUUAAGGAGAGUUGGCGGAAGAUCGAUGAAAUCGUAAGAAUUUUCGCAAGUUCAAGAUUUGUAUUAAAUACAAUAGCAGCUGUAUCCCGAAGUUUCGCUGAUUUCUUAUGUGCAGACGGUGCUUUUCUACUUACAUAAUACUUAUUUAUAAUAAAGUCUACAGUAUUAGCUUUUGCAA